AUGAGUCGAAACAGGGCUGCUGUUGUGGACCUGACCACCAGAUCAUCUCGACAAAAUCCUAUCUCUUUAUCCUCCUCCCCACCUGCCGCCUCGGACCACGCAUCCUCCUCCCGCCAUGCACAGCUGCCUACUCCCCGUGGUGUCAAGCGUCGUCGCAAUUGGAGCGACGAGCACGGUGAUUCCACAGCAUCCUCUUCGACUCUCUCCGAAGACCAGCCCAUCGAAACGAUCGAUAUGACCGACGACGCAGGCGCGGCUGCACUCGCUCGCACAGUGGCCAAACAGAGGGAGGAUGCCAUCAAAGCACAGGCAUCAGCAGAGUGCGAUUCGAAUCUCUCCGCUAUACGCGCUUACAAAUGUCCCAUUUGCAUGGAGACGCCCGUGGACGCAACGAGCACCUCAUGCGGCCAUCUCUUCUGUCACAAGUGCAUAAUCGAUUGCUUGAAGAUGAGCGAAGAAACACGCGGCGGUGACUCUACGAAACAUCACAAAGGUACUUGCCCGGUGUGCCGCACACCGAUUUCGCGAAAGGAGACGCCUGGGAAGCCCAAGAAUCUCAUUCCGCUGUUGUUUCUAACGAGAAAGCGAGGUGAUAUUCCCGUGUCUGGCCCAUAG